AACAAAAUUGCACGUGUGAAAUUUUUUCUGCUUGUUUUCAUCAAAUUUACCUUUGAUUUAUCCAACAAAUCAUCACGAAGUGUCAUUCUCAAUAAAUACGCCAUGAAUUAUGUUCCAUGUGUAGCCUGGGUGAGGAAGGGCAUUGCCAAGCCAGUUCCAGACAAAGUUGAGUUGUCGCCUGAAGAGCUGAAGGCAUUGAUUGAAAGUACCAAGGAAGAACUUGGUGACCUCAGUCUGAAUGAAGAGAUUGACUCAGACUCCUCCUGUAUCUCUGACAGGGAGGAACAAGCAGAUGCAGAUGCUGCCUCUGCUGAGACCGAGAAACAGGAUGGAAAGAAAGGCAGAAAGAGGAAAAAGAAGAAACUGAAGGAGGAGAUGAAGAUAGAGAAAUCUGAGGAUGAUGAAGAUGACGAUGUCAUGAAGGAGUAUAAUAUGGAUGAUUAUGACAAAGAUGAUGAGGAGGGGACGUCAUUUGAUGGUAUUGGCGGCCUGACUUACUAUUCUAGUAAUACUGAGGACCCUUACAUUACAUUUAAAGAAGAGGGUGAUAGCGAUGAUGAAGAGUUUAAGAUUGGACCUCAAGACAACUUGUUGGUCUGUGGGCGUGUCAAGAAAGAUCACAGUAAUAUGGAUGUUUUUAUUUAUAAUGAAAAUGAUGAUGAUUUCUUCAUUCAUCAUGACCUGCUCCUCCCGGCAUUUCCAUUGGCCAUGGAAUGGUUGGACUUUGACCCCGGAGAUGAAAACCCUGGCAAUAUGGUAGCUGUCUCUAGUAUGGAACCUACAAUAGGAAUCUGGGAUCUGGAUAUUGAAGAUGCUGUGGAACCUGUUGUUGUAUUGGGAGAGAAACCAAAGAAGAAGAAGACUAAGAAGAAAAAGUCCGAAUCGGAUGGCCACGGCCAUACGGAUGCGGUUCUAGAUUUAUCUUGGAACAAAAAUGUGCGGAAUGUGCUGGCUAGCUGUUCUGCUGAUGGGACGGUUGCGUUGUGGGAUCUCACGCAGGGAAAAGUGGUGAAGUCCAUCGCUCAUGAUGAGAAGGUGCAGUCGAUCGAUUGGCAUCCCUUUGAGGCACAGACACUAGUUUCAGGGUCAUUUGAUAAAACUGUGCGACUGUUUGAUUGUAGAAGUUCAGAUAAGGAUUGUAAGAAGUGGACGAUAGCUGGUGAAGUGGAGCGUGUUGUUUGGAACUGGUCUUCUCCAUUCCAUUUACUGGCCAGUUCAGACCAAGGCUUUGUCUACCUUCUCGACGUACGUACAGACAAGACUGUGUUCACCCUCAGUGCCCACACAGGAGCUGUGACUGGACUUUGUCUCAGUAGUCAAGUGCCAAAUCUCCUGGUCACAGGAUCUGCAGACAAGUUGGUGAAAGUCUGGGAUAUACAAGACAAUAAACCAGAGAUGGUCAUGGAGAAGAAUUUCAAAUUAGGUGGUAUCCAGUGUAUUUCUUGUUGUCCUGAUGCUCCAUAUGCAUUUGCUGCUGGCUGUGAAAAAGAUGUCAAAGUUUGGGAUAUUAGAGAAAAUAAAGCAGUUACAGAGCAUUUCAAGAAGAGGGCAGCAGUUGGUGCUAAAUGUGAUGCAACAAAGACUGAAACAGAUUCAGCUUCGGCAGUUGAGGCAAUGGACUCUCUUAGUGUAAAGGAUGAUAACAGUGAAACUAAAGCUGGGAAUUCUAAGCCUAACUCGGCAUCGAGUUCUUAUCAAUCAAAGAAGAAGAAAAAUAAGAAGAAGAAACUGAAAUCAGGAAAAUGGUGAAAAUAGAGGACUUUAGACCAUCUUAAAAAUGUGUAGGAUUGAGUUUCUCGAACUGGGUAAUGGACAGCCAUUAUAUUUUGACAAAGGGAACCCCGAUAUGGAUGAGAAAAAAUCCAUUGAACUUAAUUAUGUUAUUGAUGUCAUCAGAAAUA